AUGAUGAAUGCCCCACUCAAGCACCCCCUUCUCCCUCUCCUUCUGCUGGCCUUGUGUGCCGCAAGAUCCACUGCUUUUGUUCCGUUGAUGACAAGACAUCUCCAGCAGACAACAACAUUCAUGACAAUUGUGUCUCCUUUUGAUGAAUCCGGCGAGUCUGCCUCCGAGGAUACGGCUGUUGCUACCAAACCAAAUUCGAUCGGGGAAGGUCCCUUUGAUCUGACUUGGGAAAAUGUGGAGAUGGUACUGGACGAAAUGAGGCCCUACCUGAUCCAAGAUGGUGGCAAUGUUAUUAUUCAAGAAAUUGAUGGACCUGUGGUCAGACUGGAGCUUCAGGGAGCUUGCGGUACUUGUCCAUCUAGUACUCAGACGAUGAAGAUGGGACUGGAAAGAGGGCUGAAGGAGAAAAUCCCAGAAAUUCAAGAGGUCAUCCAAGCCAUGCCAGAAGGGCCACCUCUCAAUGAGGAACAAGUGAAUGUCAUUUUGGAUGGAGUUAGACCAUUCCUUCAGGUGGCUGGUGGAUCUAUCGAAUGCAAUAGAUUGGAAGGAGUGGAUGGUCUCCAACCAGCCAUUUAUCUCGAAAUGAAGGGAAGCAGUGCUUCGCUCAACAGCGUCAAAUUGGAAAUUGCUCAACGAUUGCAAAAGCACUUUAUGAUGGCCGGGUUGCGUGUGGAAUGGAUCGGAGACUAA